GCCCGCCUCCGGAGUCUGUGUUCCAGGUCACCCGACACCAUGGGAACCCGACACAUCCUGGCUCUGUGUGUCCUCCUCCUGGUAUUGGGAUUUGAGGUCCAGGGGACCCCUACGCCCCUGCAGGGUGAGGCUGCGGGCCCCACGCUGUUCUCCCAGAUGCAGGAAUCGCUUCUUAGUUACUGGGAUUCAGCCAAGACCGCCGCCCACGACCUGUACAGGAAGACCUACCUGCCCUCCAUGGACGAGAAAAUCAGGGAUGUGUACAGCCAAAGCACAGCAGCUAUGACCACGUACACAGGGAUUUUUACUGACCAGCUCCUUUCUCUGCUGAGGGGAGAGGAGUAACAGCUGGGCCCCAGUCACAUAGUCCAGACGCCAUGGCUCCCUGACCACCCUGACGCUCCCACUUCUUAGCAGCCCUCAGCAUCCUGCUCUCAGCUUUAGCCUGAUUUCUUAUCAAUAAAAAGAAAAAAGCCAAGUUUGUUCUCUUUG